AUGGAGCGCUGGCCUUGGCCGUCGGGCGGCGCCUGGCUGCUCGUGGCGGCCCGUGCGCUGCUGCAGCUGCUGCGCGCAGACCUGCGUCUGGGCCGCCCGCUGCUGGCGGCGCUGGCGCUGCUGGCUGCGCUCGACUGGCUGUGCCAGCGCCUGCUGCCCCCGCCGGCCGCACUCGCCGUGCUGGCCGCCGCCGGCUGGAUCGCGUUGUCCCGCCUGGCGCGCCCUCCGCGCCUGCCGGUGGCCACUCGCGCGGUGCUCAUCACCGGCUGUGACUCUGGUUUUGGCAAGGAGACGGCAAAGAAGCUAGACGCUAUGGGCUUCACGGUGCUGGCCACCGUGUUGGAGUUGGAUGGCCCUGGUGCCCUAGAGCUGCGUGCCUGCUGUUCCCCUCGCCUAAGGCUGCUGCAGCUGGACCUGACCAAGCCAGCAGACAUCAGCCGAGCACUGGAGUUCACAAAGGCCCACACCACCAGCACAGGCUUGUGGGGCCUGGUCAACAAUGCAGGCCACAACAAUGUAGUGGCCGAUGUGGAGCUGUCUCCAGUGGCCACAUUCCGCAGCUGCAUGGAGGUGAAUUUCUUCGGCGCGCUUGAACUAACCAAGGGCCUGUUGCCACUGCUGCGGCGUUCUAGGGGUCGCAUCGUGACUGUGGGCAGCCCAGCAGGAGACAUGCCAUACCCAUGCUUGGCGGCCUAUGGGACCUCCAAAGCGGCCAUGGCACUGCUCAUGGACACAUUUAGCUGUGAACUUCUGCCCUGGGGGGUCAAGGUCAGCAUCAUCCAGCCUGGCUGCUUCAAGACAGAGUCUGUGCAGAAUGUGGGCCAGUGGGAGCAGCGUAAACAGCUGCUGCUGGCCAGCCUGCCCCGAGAGCUGCUCCAGGCCUACGGUGAGGACUACAUCGAGCACUUACAUGGGCAGUUCCUGCAUUCGCUGCGCCUGGCGCUGCCAGACCUCAGCCCAGUUGUAGAUGCCAUCACCGACGCACUGCUGGCAGCUCAGCCACGCCGCCGCUAUUACCCAGGCCGUGGCCUGGGGCUCAUGUACUUCAUCCACUACUACCUGCCUGAGGGCCUGCGGCGCCGCUUCCUGCAGACCUUCUUCAUCAAUCACUGUCUGCCAAGAGCACUGCGGCCUGGCCAGCCUGGCUCUACCCCAGCCCAGGAUGCAGCCCUGGACCCAGACCCAAACCCAGGCUCUUCCCCCAUGACGGCCCAAUGAGCAGUGCACACAGAUGGCUUAGCUGCUCUAGCAGACAAGGUCCCAUGAGCCCUUGGCCCUCCCCUGGGCCAUUGUGACCCCCCCCCCAAGUCUGCCCUAGAGCCUGGCCUAAAGGACCCCAGCCCUACCCACUCAGUCAUUGCCCCGGGCCAGGCCUGGUGAAGCUGAGGCUUCCCAGUGAACCUCCAGGCCUUUCUUCUGCUUCAUGAGCCCACACAGACCCUCCUGGGCACAAGGCUCCACCCUGUAGCUUGGAGAACCCAACUGGAUGGGGAGUUUUGUGCAAGACUUAGCUGUAGCCUUUGACAGGAUCCCGCAGACAGUGCCUCUGCAAACUAAGGAGUCACUGGGUGGGGUGGGGACCACCCUCAGGAUUUUUUCAAGGCACCAGUGCCUCAGUGCUGCGAUUCAAAGGGUAAAUCCUGUUUCUUGACUGGCUCAAGAAUUAGGGUCCCGACCACCCACCCCAAACCCCCCUAGCCAUAGGAGGUUCCAUACCCUACUUGCCUGAUUGCCAUCUUUGAAAUAAAGACAAAUUUUUAUUUCUCCUAGAAUGGGGGAGAUGCUGUGUUUGGAGGGUGUGACUGUCUGAGUGCCAGUCUGUGACUGUGUGACAGAUUGGGAACUGCCUGGGGAACCCCUGGUGGUCAGCAUGGGCCAAGGCUCUGGACAAAGAUUCUGUGCUUCAUACCUUUUCCUGUUCGUUGACUGUGGGCAGGUCAU